AUGAGCAACAUCAUGAAACCAGAUCUCGUCGCAUUUCUCGCAGGAACCUACGCGCUUUAUAAUCGGACUGAGAUUAGAGAUGGCAAACCGGUGAAUAGUGUUGCCUGGGGAAGCGGAUCUAUCGGCAUCAUGACUUAUACUCAGUCGGGCUACAUGUCAACAACCGUCGCAUCGGCCGACUCCGGCCUUCUCCCUCCGGACUUGAAUUUGACGUACCCGUCCCAGGAAGGCCAGUCCGAUGCUGACUGGGCAAAGGCGGGCAAGCAUACUCUGUCAUAUGCUGGACCGUGGUCUGUCCAGGAAGCCGUGCCUGGUGUCCCCGCGACGGAGGAGUCGGGCCAGAUCCUCCACGGUCCGCUGACGGUUGCGCACAUACCGGCGCUCAUAGCCAUAUUUGGUGGAAACGGCUGGAUUAGCAGGGGUUAUCACGGCAUUUCCAAGUCGGCGCUGGGCAGGGAUGCGUUUGGUUAA